CAGCAAUGAAGCUCCUUUAGGACCUCGUAAAACAUUUGACUUUCCUGGUUUUUGUGAUAUACGGUCCCGAAUUGCAUUCCUUUUGAGGUUUCAUUUUCCCUCAAGUCCGAAUUGCCUCUUCGAUUUACAUACAUCCCUCUGAUAAUAACUAAUUGAGCACGAUGGCAUCAUCCAGGAGCCUUGAUAUUAUCGUCCUAGGAGCUACUGGAUACACUGGGAAGUGCUGUGCGGAGCACAUCGCUCAAAAUCUUCCAACAACCUUAAAAUGGGGGAUCGCAGGAAGAUCAGCCCAGAAGCUCGAGGCACUGGCAUCGGAGCUUAAAAGAGAUGGGCCUGAUCGCAAGGACCCAGAAAUACUUCCGGUCCAACUCAACGACGAUGAGCUGGGGUCCCUUGUACGGAAGACAAAAGUUUUGAUCAAUUGUGUAGGGCCGUAUCAUAAAUACUCGACUCCGGUAGUCAAGGCCUGCGCAAAUAAUGGUACACAUUAUCUUGAUGUGACUGGAGAGAUCCCAUGGGUCCAGGAGAUGAUUGACAAAUAUGAUGAAACUGCCAAACGGACGGGUGCGAUUAUGAUACCCACAGAUGGUUUUGAGAGCGCACCGUCUGACCUGGUAACCUGGUCAAUGGCGAAAUCGAUAAAUGCCCAAUUUGGUGUUAAGGUGAAGGAAGUAAUUCUGUCUCUCUAUGAGCUAAAAGGUGCAGGUAUUAGCGGUGGAACCGCAGCGUCUAUUCUCGCCGCAUUUGAAAACCUGACAUUCAAAGACUUCCGCGCUAUGAACGAUCCGUACCGUUUGUCAGUUUCUAGGCCGUCCACUGUUCCAUCAACACCGCUCCUUCGAAGACUUUUCGGUGUCCAUUAUGUGAGGGACAUUGGAACAGUAACAACUACUUUACCAGCUUCGUGUGACAGUGCCAUCGUGCACCGGAGUAGCUCCCUCAUGCCAGAUUUAUACGACCAAAACUUUCAUUUCCAGGAAUUUGGCAAGGCCCGUAAUGUCUUCAUGGGCCUAGUAGUCCAUUUCUGCAUCAUAUUAGCUGCGAUAUGUCUGAUGAUUCCGCCUAUUCGAUUGCUGGUGAAGAGAUUUCUUCCAGACCCGGGCCAGGGUCCCGCAAAGGAGGAUACUGUCGGGGAUUAUGUGGAAUAUCGCGGUGUCGCGACGGCUGAGCAUGCCGAACCUGGAAAGAAACCUAUCCGGGUUUUGGGCAGACUUGCAUACCAGGGUCCUGCUUACCCCAUGACUGGAAUGCUCAUAGCGGAGGCUGCUAUGGUUUUGAUAACUAGUGAAAGAGUUGGGAAGGACCUGAAGGGAGGCUACUUAACACCGGCCAUCCUAGGCGACGAAUAUGUCGCUAGGUUGGAGAAAUGUGGAGUCAGCAUUGAAACGAAAGUCUUGGAAGAUUGA